GAAACCAACAGCAGACAACAACGCUCAAACGUAGGCCUAAAAACGACUGUGUACCAACAUUCUCCAUUAUCAACUUUUAAUUCCCAUUAAUAUUCCAUAAUCCUUCUUCAUUCAUCACCAAAUCAGAUCUCUUGUUGAACAUCCUCUCGUUCUCAUUCUUCUUCACGUAUUUGGAUCUCAUCAACACUUGAUCAGUGCAUAGAUGGCUCUAACUUAGAAUAGCAAAGGAGAUGGUAAAGAGUAGUUUCAAUAAAGAAAAAGUUGAAUGCACAGGCACAACUGAUACUCUAAGUGGAAAUCAAGCUUCAGGUCUUCACAGGGACUCUUCCUUCUCUCUCUGGGUUGAUGAAGAUGGGACAAUUCAUUUGGAACACCAUUCAGUGAAUACCAGUACCACUGCAGAAAACUCUGAUUUUGAGUUGCCUAUGCUUAAUCAGAGUGAGUUACAAAACAUGAUAGUAGAAGGGGUUAGAUUCAAUAAAUUUCCAGAGCAAAGUAUGCACUUGAUUGGUGAUAGUACCGUGGACAAUAUACAAGGAGGAGAUAGCGCUGGGGAAUAUGUACCUUUUGAUAUCGAAAAUGAAUCUGCUUUGAAUAUAGGAUCAUCAGAUAUUUGUGAUGAUGGAGACAUUGCUAUUGGGAGUCCAAAAGCAUUGCCCCUGAAUUCUGACAGCUCCAUUUCUAUUGUGGAUGUGUUGAAAACUUUGUUCUUUAUACUUGUAUGGUACACUUUCAGCACAUUUUUGACUUUGUACAACAAAACCUUGUUGGGAGAUGACCUUGGGAAGUUUCCAGCUCCCUUGUUGAUGAAUACUGUCCACUUCACCAUGCAAGCUGUUUUAUCAAAACUGAUCACAUGGUAUUGGUCUCAUAAAUUUCUCCCUACUGAUCCAAUGACACGGAGAGAUUACUUCUACAAAGUUCUACCUACGGCUCUUUCAACAGCACUGGAUGUUAACCUGAGCAACGCUUCCCUGGUUUUCAUAUCUGUUACUUUUGCCACAAUGUGUAAAUCUGCAACUCCUAUAUUUCUUCUCCUAUUCGCUUUUGCAUUCAGGUUGGAGUCUCCAAGUCUUCACCUUUUAGGAAUUAUCUUGGUAAUCUCUGUUGGGAUUCUAUUAACAGUUUCAAAGGAGACAGGUUUUCAGUUUUGGGGUUUUGUUUUUGUCAUGCUUGCGGCUGUUAUGUCUGGAUUCCGCUGGUGCAUGACUCAAAUACUUUUGCAGAAAGAAGCCUAUGGUUUGAAGAACCCACUUACCUUCAUGAGCUACGUGACUCCGGUAAUGGCUGUUGUGACAGCUCUUCUUUCUCUCUUAUUGGACCCGUGGGAUCAAUUCACGAAGAACAGUUAUUUUAAUAGUUCAUGGCAUAUUGCUCGAAGCUGCUUUUUGAUGCUUUUUGGUGGAACACUCGCAUUCUUUAUGGUUUUAACAGAGUACAUCCUUGUUUCUAUAACAAGCGCAGUUACAGUGACAAUAGCUGGGGUUGUGAAGGAGGCUGUCACCAUAUUGGUUGCCGUAUUUUACUUGCAAGAUGAGUUUACGUGGUUAAAAGGUGCUGGACUCCUCACUAUCAUGGUUGGUGUCAGUUUAUUCAACUGGUACAAAUACCUAAAGCUGCAGAAGGGCAAACUAGAAGAAGAUGAAGCAGCAAUAGCGCUCACAGCCAAUCAUGCCGCUAAGUAUGUCAUGCUUGACAAGAUGGAGGAUUAAGAUGAUGUAGCUACGGAGCUUUAAAGAUCACAUGAUGUUCAUAAAGAUGAACCUAGGUAGUCACAUCAACAACUGCUGGGCUCGUAGUUUACCUCCAACAUGUUGGUGGUGAAUUAAUAGAAGUGAAACAAAGUUUUUGACAUUUUGCUGCUCAAAUUAAAGCAAAACGGUAAGCUAGCCAGUAUGAAAUGAUUCAUCAAGUACUCAUUAUCCUUUUUCUUCUUAAACUACAGGAUAUCACAUACCUAGUUUUAUGUCAGUCAGUUAGAUUGUCAUCAUUUUCGGCUGACAUUAUUCUUAAGAAAUUCAUGAUACAUAUUUGCUAUGGUGAGAUUUUGAUUUGAAUGACGGUGUAGUCCGGUUGUUUAUGUGAUCACAUUUAAGAAGUGAAUUUCAAUAA